GGCUCUGAUGGCGGCUCUUGUGUGAGAACGUGCUGACAGUCAACAUGUUACUGGGUGUUUUCUUUCUUCCAGGUGUUGUGGUCACAACAAACCUUCGCAUUAAUGCCUCAAAGGAGAUGGAAACACUAAGCGGAUCCUGUUUGCAUAUCCCCUGUACAUUUGAAGCAAUCGAAGGGGACGCUAGUUUUAACAAUAGUAUUGAAAUCAUUGGAAUUUGGUAUAAAAAUGAUCAUAAAAAUGUUAAUAAUCUAGUUUUUGACAGCAGCAAAUCAGUCAAUGCCUAUCCAAUGAACAUAACUGGAAUCCUAAAGAAAAAUGACUGCACAACUCUAUUUUCUGAUUUAAACACCAGCCAUCAAGAUAAAUACUAUUUCAGAAUCGAGAACGGGAAAUUUAAGGCAACAGCUGAUUGUGAUCCCAUUCAAAUAAAAGUUAAAGAUUCUGCCUGGAAACCAAACAUUGCUAUUGAUCUAACAAAUCUGAAGGAGCAUCAGUCUGUCACUGUAACCUGCUCAGCUUUCACUCCGUGUCCACACUCACCUCCUGAACUCACCUGGAAUCUCCAACAAGACUCUCUCAGACAAACAGAGAAAAACACAGAUGGAACCUUUACAACUAAAAUCCAGGAGAACAUCACUCUGUCAGACACACAUGAUGGAUACAACAUCAGAUGUUCUGCCAGAUAUCCUGUGAAAGGAGGAAACAGGACAGCAGAGACAGAAGUGACUCUCAGUGUUUCAUAUGCUCCUAGAAACACCUCAGCAUCCAUCAGUCCAUCAGGUUUGGUGUCAGCAGGUAGCAGGGUGGAGCUGAGCUGCUCCAGCAGAGCCAAACCUCCGAUCAGGAGCUUCACCUGGUUCAGGAUCAGCGAACAUGGAGCCAUGAAUGUGUCUGUGGGGCAGGAUUACAGCUUCAACGCCACGGAGGGAGGAGAUUAUUACUGUGAGGCUACAAAUGAUCUGGGAAAUCAGAAAUCAUCAGUGAGGUUUCUUAGGAUUAAAGGCAUAUUGAAUGGACAUCUUUUCUGGCUGAUAAUUGCACUUGCUAUUGGGCUGUUGGUGCUCAUCUUCCUGGUUAUUUAUGUGAGAUGUUUCAAGUCCAAACAGCCAACUCAUCAACAGACUCAGACUCCAGCUGGUGAGGAGGCUGCAGUACAAACACUUUCUACUGCAGCAGCUGAAGAACUGCAGUAUGGAGAAGUAACUUUCUUCAAGGGGAAACCUGAAGCUUCCUCUACCUCCGUGGAGUACGGCAAACAGGAAGAGACAGUUUAUGCACACGUCAAAGUGUCCAAGUCAAGAAAGUGCUCAACACACACCACUGACAGUCCAGAUGAUAUCUAUGCUCAAGUGAAGAAAAAGUAACUUUUCAUUUAAAAUAAAGUUAGCUAAAGACCUCGCUUAAAGCUACUUUGCAUCUCUUAGGAACAAUGCAUAUUUAUCAUGUGCUAUAUUAUGAUAUUUUUUGUGCUGUUGUUUUGUUGUUUUUAUUUUAUUUCGGGUUGUGUGACUUUUGCACCUUGCAUGGGAUUGUGGCACGAAGUAAUCAUGUUUGUUACUUCAACAAAGUAUUUAAAGCCUAGCCUUCUUAAUUAUUAUUAAAAGAAUACGUUAGACACA